AUGACGCGGAAGCCGGAUGGCAGCAGCGGCACGGUGUCGGCCUUACUCUACGUGGGAGGGCGGCAGUUACUCUACCUGGGAGGGCGGCAGUUACUCUACCUGGGAGGGCGGCAGUUACUCUACCUGGGAGGGCGGCAGUUACUCUACCUGGGAGGGCGGCAGUUACUCUACCUGGGAGGGCGGCAGUUACUCUACCUGGGAGGGCGGCAGUUACUCUACCUGGGAGGGCGGCAGUUACUCUACCUGGGAGGGCGGCAGUUACUCUACCUGGGAGGGCGGCAGUUACUCUACCUGGGAGGGCGGCAGUUACUCUACCUGGGAGGGCGGCAGUUACUCUACCUGGGAGGGCGGCAGUUACUCUACCUGGGAGGGCGGCAGUUACUCUACCUGGGAGGGCGGCAGUUACUCUACCUGGGAGGGCGGCAGUUACUCUACGUGGGAGGGCGGCAGUUACUCUACCUGGGAGGGCGGCAGUUACUCUACCUGGGAGGGCGGCAGUUACUCUACCUGGGAGGGCGGCAGUUACUCUACCUGGGAGGGCGGCAGUUACUCUACCUGGGAGGGCGGCAGUUACUCUACCUGGGAGGGCGGCAGUUACUCUACCUGGGAGGGCGGCAGUUACUCUACCUGGGAGGGCGGCAGUUACUCUACCUGGGAGGGCGGCAGUUACUCUACCUGGGAGGGCGGCAGUUACUCUACCUGGGAGGGCGGCAGUUACUCUACCUGGGAGGGCGGCAGUUACUCUACCUGGGAGGGCGGCAGUUACUCUACCUGGGAGGGCGGCAGUUACUCUACCUGGGAGGGCGGCAGUUACUCUACCUGGGAGGGCGGCAGUUACUCUACCUGGGAGGGCGGCAGUUACUCUACCUGGGAGGGCGGCAGUUACUCUACCUGGGAGGGCGGCAGUUACUCUACCUGGGAGGGCGGCAGUUACUCUACCUGGGAGGGCGGCAGUUACUCUACCUGGGAGGGCGGCAGUUACUCUACCUGGGAGGGCGGCAGUUACUCUACCUGGGAGGGCGGCAGUUACUCUACCUGGGAGGGCGGCAGUUACUCUACCUGGGAGGGCGGCAGUUACUCUACCUGGGAGGGCGGCAGUUACUCUACCUGGGAGGGCGGCAGUUACUCUACGUGGGAGGGCGGCAGUUACUCUACCUGGGAGGGCGGCAGUUACUCUACCUGGGAGGGCGGCAGUUACUCUACCUGGGAGGGCGGCAGUUACUCUACCUGGGAGGGCGGCAGUUACUCUACCUGGGAGGGCGGCAGUUACUCUACCUGGGAGGGCGGCAGUUACUCUACCUGGGAGGGCGGCAGUUACUCUACCUGGGAGGGCGGCAGUUACUCUACCUGGGAGGGCGGCAGUUACUCUACCUGGGAGGGCGGCAGUUACUCUACCUGGGAGGGCGGCAGUUACUCUACCUGGGAGGGCGGCAGUUACUCUACCUGGGAGGGCGGCAGUUACUCUACCUGGGAGGGCGGCAGUUACUCUACCUGGGAGGGCGGCAGUUACUCUACCUGGGAGGGCGGCAGUUACUCUACCUGGGAGGGCGGCAGUUACUCUACCUGGGAGGGCGGCAGUUACUCUACCUGGGAGGGCGGCAGUUACUCUACCUGGGAGGGCGGCAGUUACUCUACCUGGGAGGGCGGCAGUUACUCUACCUGGGAGGGCGGCAGUUACUCUACCUGGGAGGGCGGCAGUUACUCUACCUGGGAGGGCGGCAGUUACUCUACCUGGGAGGGCGGCAGUUACUCUACCUGGGAGGGCGGCAGUUACUCUACCUGGGAGGGCGGCAGUUACUCUACCUGGGAGGGCGGCAGUUACUCUACCUGGGAGGGCGGCAGUUACUCUACCUGGGAGGGCGGCAGUUACUCUACCUGGGAGGGCGGCAGUUACUCUACCUGGGAGGGCGGCAGUUACUCUACCUGGGAGGGCGGCAGUUACUCUACCUGGGAGGGCGGCAGUUACUCUACCUGGGAGGGCGGCAGUUACUCUACCUGGGAGGGCGGCAGUUACUCUACCUGGGAGGGCGGCAGUUACUCUACGUGGGAGGGCGGCAGUUACUCUACCUGGGAGGGCGGCAGUUACUCUACCUGGGAGGGCGGCAGUUACUCUACCUGGGAGGGCGGCAGUUACUCUACCUGGGAGGGCGGCAGUUACUCUACCUGGGAGGGCGGCAGUUACUCUACCUGGGAGGGCGGCAGUUACUCUACCUGGGAGGGCGGCAGUUACUCUACCUGGGAGGGCGGCAGUUACUCUACCUGGGAGGGCGGCAGUUACUCUACCUGGGAGGGCGGCAGUUACUCUACCUGGGAGGGCGGCAGUUACUCUACCUGGGAGGGCGGCAGUUACUCUACCUGGGAGGGCGGCAGUUACUCUACCUGGGAGGGCGGCAGUUACUCUACCUGGGAGGGCGGCAGGGAGAGGGGAAUGACUCGGAAGCCCGAUGGGAGGAGAGGGACGGUGUCAGCCGUGGAGGCUGCGUCCACGGGGGCAAAGACCAGCUGAGCUGUCGCGCUGUGCGGCGGCGCUGA